GGACAUGCUUCCUCUUUUUUGUAAACCUACUGAGUCGAAUAGACGUGUAUUUCAUUUGCUGCUCACGUUUCGUGUCGAACCGACUUAAAAUUUUACAAAAAUGCGUUACGUAGCUGCAUACCUGCUGGCGGUCCUUGGAGGCAACGCUGCCCCGACCAACGCCGAUAUCGAGAAGAUCCUGAGCUCGGUCGGUAUCGAAGCUGAUGCGACCCGCGUUAGCAAGGUUGUCAAGGAGCUGCAGAACAAGUCGAUCGAAGAACUGAUCGCUUCCGGACGCGAGAAGCUGUCCUCGAUGCCGUCUGGUGGUGGUGCCCCUGCUGGUGCUCCUGCUGCCGCGGGAGCCGCCGCCGCUGCCGCUCCGGCUGCUGAGAAGAAGGAGGAGAAGAAGGAAGAGUCCGAAUCGGAAGAUGACGACAUGGGCUUCGGUCUCUUCGAGUAAAAGGUUAGUAUCAGAAGAUGCGGUUGAUGAUUUCACAAACAGCAGUUGACGCCUAUUUCGUGUUCAUUUUGCAGUGUACCGAAGGCGACAGUCGGUGUUCGAGAACAACUGACAACUUUUCGUAUGAAAGCUUAUUUCCCGGUCAUAUCUACCAUGGUGCUAUAUCUUGUG